AUGCGCUUUCGAACUGUGUUGUGGAGUCUUCUUGUGCCCGAAUGCUUGAUCAACCGCGUUUUGGCUUACAAUGCGCUUCCUAGGUGGGGUCAAGCAACCGCAUUGAUUACUGAUGCUCUGUUCGUGUACGGAGGCAAGACCGACCAAUUCAACUCUUUCUCGUACACAGCCGCACCCAACAAUAACGACCUUUUGCUUUUAUCUCUUUCUUCCCCAUUUUCUGCCUCAGCGCCUCCAUGGGAGCUCAUAAGCCCCUCGGCUUCAUGGGGUCCUGCUUUGGCAUGGCAUACCUUGUCUGCCAUUGAUUCAACCCGAAUGCUCUCCUUUGGUGGCCAACCUGACUUGAACUCACCAACAGCUACUUUUGACGGCGCUGAUUCGGCAUCCCUUCUCGAUGUGUCUAAUAUUUCAUCGCCCACAUGGAUAACGCAACCCGUCUCAUGGGCAAAUCAGCCCAUGCGUCGUAUAUACCACUCAGCAGUCUCCACAUCUUCUGGUAAAAUCGUUAUAACUGGGGGAGAGAAGGCGGAUGGUUCAAACAACCCGCUUUCUGACCAUAGCGUGUUUGACUCCGCUGGACCGACAUUCAAGCCGCUCCCAAUACCCAGUGCCCCUCCGGAUCUGUAUGGCCAUGCCUCAAUUUUACUUCCAGAUGGGCGUGUGUUAGUAUUGGGCGGGUACAGCCAAUCGCUCAAUGCUCUCAUCCCUCUAUCUAUCGUUUGGAUCCUUGACAAAAAUCAAUCAACGUGGUCUACCGCCCAGGUCUCUGGUGACAUUCUUCCCCCACCUCGCAGAGGAUUUGCGUCAACUUUACUUUCAAACGGGAAGAUCAUUAUUCAUGGAGGGUGCGAUGCAAACCUUCAAAAUAACUUUGGCGAUGGGUGGAUUUUGGACAUGACACAAAAUCCCAUGAAGUGGGCUCAAGUCGACGUCUUAUCGCAGAUAGGCUCACGUCGUGAUCACUUUGCGAUCUCAUCUGGGGACCAAGUCAUUUUUGGCUUUGGUUAUCAGGAUAAUGGCCCAGCACCCGCUCCCUUACUAAUUUAUGAUGUAUCGAGUGGAGCUUUUGCCUCCUCGUUCACGCCUCGACCAGUGGCGACAUCGACACAAACUCGCCCCCCCUCUCCAACCAAUAAUCCACAUUCAUCAACGACAGGAGUAGCGCAGCCCACGUCCACUAUGGAACCCGACCAUUCUGAUUCGCAUAGCAAGAAAGCGGCCCCGAUUGCUCUGGGAACUACGUUUGGUUUGUUGGCCCUUGUUGCCGCCAGUUUCGUUGUCUAUUACGUUCGACGAAAACAUUUCGAAAACAGGGAUCGGAGACAUUUCUCGGGAAUUGAUGGAGAUGACUAUGGGGGCAGCGACGAUCUCGGAAAUGCAGGGAUUAUUCCUGCCGCCCAUUAUCAUGAAGAGAAAAGGCGCAGUGGGUUUAGGCGGAAUCUGAAUAUUUUAAAUUCGAUCGGCAUGAUGCGGAAGCCAGGGAACAUCAGAAAUACUCAAGAGAGACGGGAUAUGCUCGCGGACGAGGAUACCAAGGACCUAGGAGAGUGGUAUAAUGCCAGGAAGCGGGACGGUACUGGGGGAAGUUCUUGGUCGUUGAAGAGUGCUUUCGGAAAGAGUCGUUUCCCGAGCUCAAAUAGCCGCCGCGUUGCCUCACGGGAAGGAACUGAUCCCUUUGCUGAUGAUGACUCUUUCAUUCGGAAUGAAGAGACCGGUUUUAUUGGAGCCGCAUCAACUGACGGACGACCAAGGGAACGUCGAGACAUGAGCUAUAUCAGCAUGCGAAGUAGCGUAAGCUAUAUGGAUCCCUUCGCCGAUCCUAUUCAAGAAGGGCGAGAACCUGCAGAUAAAGACCUCCAAUUGUCACAUCAAAUUCGGCUGGUACCACAUUCAUUCCAGCAGCCUCCAGAGAUCGAAACCUCACUUCCCAUAGCUCAAGGGCAUGGACUCAGUCCGCUUUUUGAACAGAGCUCCCAGAAUACACUUCCAUUGCAAGAUCUUGACAAUCAAGGCUCCUCGCUUGAAAACAGCUCAUCCGGAGGUUCGACAUCCCGCGUGACAUCAAUGACCUCUUUUGAGCCAUCUCAUCCCCUUCCUUUGACUACCACCAUUGUGCCGGCGCACUCACCUCCCAUGCGUCGAAGCGAUUCGUGGUGGUCUCGGUUUGCCCGCUCGAAUUUGAUUGAUCGAAAGUCCAGUGUAUCAUCCAAGCAAUCCGUCGGCCAGUCAGAGUUUCUCGAUCCGAUGCCUCCUCCGAGACUGCAUCCUAUCGAGGAGAGCGUCAAUCCCCCCUCUCAUAAUCGUAUUUCGCCACAGCCGAGUUAUUCUGAAGAGCUCUUCAGGAAGGAAUCAAAUACUCGAAUGUAUGGCGGGGGUCAUGGCAAGUCUCUGUCAUCGCUGCGCACGGCCGACUCAGAGGCCAUCGAGCGGAUGGCGGGGGCGAUGGACGUGGUUCAGAGGAUCAAGACGGGAAGUCACUAUUCCAGAGAAAGUGGCAGCUCUGUUGGCAAUUUAAGCAUUGAUACGCACAGUCUCGAUGAAGCAAGCCCUUUCGGAGCCCUGGAUAUGUUUUCAUCACCAGUGGAGGUGACGCCCACGGAACUUUCGCGGAUGCUACCGCCAAACUCUAACACCAAAGCGCCUCCUACGGCAAUCAUUCCUCCUAAAACACCAUCACCAGGUUCGAUGGGCGUCUUUGUGUUUCCUAGUGGCGCAAAUCGUCCGCGUUCUCCUCUCGCGAGUGGGAUCGCGUCUCGGGUUCAGGCUUAUGAGCAGCGGAUGUCUCCAAACCAGUUGCCAAGUCCUACGAACACCAGACAAAGAGAAGAAAGGACGAAGAAACCGAUCACAGUCAAUUAUGGGCUCGCUCCUAGACCCAGUUUAUUCAUUGCAAAUCCUGAUCACAAGUUAUCGUCUUCUGGGGAGAGUUGA